GAGAGUCCCGGAAGUGCGCCCUUGUCGCCCUGGAGACGGCCCUGGGGGCGGCCUGCGCCGCGCGUCCCGCGCUGGGCGUGUUGUUGUCCGGAGGGCGCCGCACUGUGGCGCGGGGAAUGGGCCGACGGAGACAUGCCUUUGGCUAGAGACUUGAUUCACCCAUCUUCAGAGGAAGAAAAGAGAAAGCACAAAAAGAAGCGUUUGGUACAGAGUCCAAAUUCCUACUUCAUGGAUGUCAAGUGUCCAGGAUGCUACAAGAUUACCACAGUGUUCAGCCAUGCCCAGAUGGUAGUGCCGUGUGUCGGAUGUGCGACUGUCUUAUGCCAGCCAACGGGGGGCAAGGCCAGGCUCACAGAAGGCUGUUCAUUUAGAAGAAAACAACACUGAACUUGCUGCUGCGUAUUCCAUCACUGGAAGCCUUAUGUGUCUGACAAUGCUGCUUAAUCUAGCAAGUUAAUUAUGCCUGGCUUUGCAGUCCCACCCCCUGAAAACACCAAGGAUGGGCUGCUUGUCUUACACGCAGAUUGUGUGUGCAUGUCUGGAGAUUUCUGAACUCUAUUUUAUAGCUUUUGUUAUAUAAUCAACAUUGAAUGUACAGGGCUCUUAAUUAUCUAAGUAAUUUUAAAAUAAGAUGCAUUUUUCUUCUUGGUAAUUUUGGUUGCUGUGGUAAAUUAUUUGUAAUGAGCCUCGCAAAACCUGUGUUAGAAACCUCUUCCCUAAGUGUUUACUUUUUAGUUUUGCUGCUUCUACAGCCUUAAACCCUGAUUAUCUGAGAAGAUCUACUUUAUAAAGUGAAUAAAAGGUAAAUAAAAUGGGAACUUUGGAACUUGCAAGACUCUCUGGAAAGUCCUUCCACAGAAUGUUUCCUAGAAGACAUUCCUGUAGAUCUGCUAAUAGGUUCCUGGUUGGUCAACAAACUGGGCAUUAUUUGAAAGCCUGCAUGCCUUGCUGUUAUUUUCCCUCAAAUUAUGCUCAGAUGCAGACUUGUCAAAUCUUUCCUGAUUGUUUUUUGCCAAAACAGGCUCCGUGCAAGGUACAGCACAUACUUUGCAUGUGGAAGGUCCCAAGGUCAGUCCCUGAUGCCAUUUCCAGUUAAAAGGAUCAGGUGGCAGGUGAAAGGAAAGCGUUUGUACCUGACCCUGGAGUUAUUACUGUCAUAGGUGGAGAAGCAGUCUGACUGGAAGGAGGCCUCGGACCGCAGGGCUCUUGUGCCUGACUGUAUUUUACCACUCUGAAAUGAACUUGUCCCACUAGCCCACGGAGCUAUCUGUGCCUCCCAGACUAUUGCUGUUAGGGUAAAUAAAUAGUCACCUGCAAGACCAAGACUUGAGACAGAAGUGCCUGAAAGGAGUUUUUGGCUGUGGACAGGUCCUAGGGCUGUUACAUUCCCGAACUGUUUCAGGAAUGUGUAAAUGAUUAAAGGAGCGGCUUUAUUGCAAAUUUCCUUGAACCAGGAUAAUUUGUGCUACAGCAGCCAUAGUUGUCACAGCCUGUGGCAUAUCCUGUAUUUGAUAAUGUUCAAAAUGUAUCUGGCAAUGCAGGCUUAAUAAGUAUCUGAAACAAUGGCACCUGUUUAAAGGUAAACAGUCUUCUGAGUAGGAAUAAACCCAGUUAAUCACAAACAGAUGUAUACCUUUCCCCUGAACUCAACCUGUAUUUUGUGCUUUUUAGAAGUUUGCUUCUGAAUCAAUAAACUGCUUGAUAAGCAAUAA